UUCCAAUUUUCAGUAUCCUUCCAUUCCAGAUCUCUAGCUCCCAUCCUAUAAAUAUAUUCUCAAGUCAAAUUAAACUCUCACAACUAAAUUUUUCAAUCAUGGAAGAUCAUAUAGUGCAAAUGACGAGUACUGAUAAUCCAACAACAGACAUUGCCGCCGUCAUAGAAACCCCAAAAGAUGAUAAGCUGCCACAAUUGUUGUCUGUUUCAGGUCGAUCUUCAUUUGGUGGAAUACAAUCUGUGUCGGAAACUCCAAACGGUUCCUUCAGGGCGGUUACCACCCCGGUUUUGAAGGCGGUGAGGAGCAUGAGGGUGUACUUGGAAGAAGUGGGGCAGCUAACGAAGCUCCACCCGCAUGAAGCAUGGCUACCAAUUACCGAGUCAAGAAAUGGGAACGCUUAUUAUGCAGCUUUUCAUACUCUUAGCUCCGGUAUCGGAUUUCAGGCUCUCGUUCUUCCCUUGGCUUUCACCGCGCUUGGCUGGACAUGGGGUAUAUUGAGUCUUUGUUUGGCGUUUGUAUGGCAAAUGUAUACAUUAUGGUUAUUGAUUGAGCUUCAUGAGGCGGUUAAUGGUGUUCGAUUCAGUCGGUAUCUUCAGCUUGCCAUGGCAGCUUUCGGUGAAAAAAGAGGGAAAUUACUGGCUCUGUUACCGACCAUGUAUCUAUCAGGAGGAGCCUGUGUAGCCCUAAUAAUGAUAGGAGGUGGAACCACUAAGAUCUUAUACGACGUCGUUUGCGACACCUCUUCCUCCUCCACCUCUUCCUCCUGCCAAAAUCUCCACCGUCUCUCCACCCUCGAGUGGUACGUCGUCUUCACCGUCGCCGCCGCCUUAUUGGCUCAACUCCCCAAUCUCAACUCAAUCGCCGGAGUUUCUCUCAUCGGAGCAAUCUCCGCCGUCACUUACUGUACUCUCAUAUGGGUUCUCUCUAUUUCCAAACAACGAAUCGCCGGAGUUUCCUACGGUCUGCCGGAUAAUACUUCAAAUGUUGCCAGGCUUCGAGAUGUGUUGAAUGCAUUGGGAAUUAUUGCUUUCGCUUUCAGAGGUCACAAUCUUGUUCUUGAAAUUCAGGGUACAAUGCCGUCUAGUUUGAAAAACCCAUCUCGUGUAUCAAUGUGGAAAGGAGUGAAAUUCUCUUAUUUGAUUAUUGCUUUCUGUUUAUUUCCACUUGCAAUUGGAGGCUAUUGGGCAUAUGGGGAACUGAUACCAUCACAAGGAGGGAUGUUAACAGCCUUACACAAAUACCAUAAACAUGAUACAUCAAAGUUCAUUCUAGGACUGACCAGUCUUCUAGUGGUUAUUCACUGUUUAAUGUCUUUCCAAAUUUAUGCCAUGCCGGUUUUUGACAAGUUAGAAUCCAAAUACACUAUCAGCAUUCACAAGCCCUGUCCAUGGUGGAUUCGAUCAGGGUUUCGAUUCUUCUUCGCUGGGUUAGCUUUCUUUGUCUCGAUUGCGCUUCCUUUUCUUCAGAGCUUGGCUGGAUUGAUAGGUGGUUUAGCAUUGCCAGUUACAAUGGCUUAUCCAUGUUUGAUGUGGGUUAUGAUUAAGAAACCUGAUAGGUAUAGUUUGAUGUGGGUUAUUAAUUGGGGUUUGGGUGGGUUAGGAAUAAUUCUUAGUUUUCUUGUGGUUUUUGGAGCUAUAUGGACUAUUGUUACUGAUGGAAUUGAAGUUCAUUUCUUUAAACCUCAAUGAUCUAGCUCUAGCUAGCUAGAUUGAAGACAUCAUCAUGUGUAUAUAUAUAUAUAAGAGAAUGAAGCAUGUUUUUUUUUUGGAGUA